AUGGACUGUAAGAGUCACAGAGAACAGCAUGUCUGGGUUACCCAGGGAAGUGGGUCUGGGAAUGGACACUUGAAUUCUAUGAGAAACUGGAGGGCUAGGAAAAGGGAAUCUAGAAAACUCUUACUCACCCUCUUGCCCGACCUGUGUUUCCUAGGAACUUGCUGGGAUAGUUUAAUCUUGUGGGGACAGAAUGGUGACAUCUCCCUGGGAAUGGAGAUCCUAGUGUUGAUGGAGUCCCUGGCACACCUGAAUUCCCCUGGAAUCCUUAAUGAAACUCAAAACUUUAUAAAGGGUCCAGAUGGAGCCAGGUUGCCAUCAGAGAGCUCUGAAUUCAGAAUCAUGGAGGUUGCUUUUGCCUUGCUUGCUGGCUUGUUGGCCUUGUCUGGAAAUGGUGAGUUACGUCUCCCCAGUAUCUCUGGAAGUCUCCCCAGUAUCUCUGGAAAUCUCCCCAGUAUCUCUGGAGGUCUCCCUACUGCUUCUGGAAAUCUCCCCAGUAUCUCUGGAAGUCUCCCUAGUAUCUCUGGAAAUCUCUCUGGAAGUCUCCCCAGUAUCUCUGGAGGUCUCCCUACUGCUUCUGGAAAUCUCCCCAGUAUCUCUGGAAGUCUCCCCAGUAUCUCUGGAAGUCUCCCCACUGCCUCUGGAAGUCUCCCCAGUAUCUCUGGAAGUCUCCCCACUGCCUCUGGAACUCUUCCCAGUAUCUCUGGAGGUAUACUUACUGUCCCUGGACAUCUCCCUGGCAUCUCUGGAGGAUCCUCAGGAACUACCACAACUUCUGCAUCUGUUCCAGGAGUCUCUGGAAGUGCUUCUUCUACGACAGCCCAGAGCACCACCCUCAAACCCCAGAAGAAUCCUUUCCCAGACUGGGCCAUUGUGCUGAUCACUCUAGUAGCUGUGGGAGUUGUCAUCCUUUUGUUAUUUGUCUUUUGCAAGGUUUUUCUUCACUUCCGGCAGGAUGUAGACUUUGUGUCACACUGCUGCAAUCCAGAGAGAGCAAACCAGUGCUACAACACUAAAUAG